AUUUAUUCCAUUCUUGUUUGAACCCAAAUACACCCCUAAAAAAUAGGAAAACAGAAGGAAGCUUGACUGCAAUACCCACCGUCGAGCAGGGACGAAAGUCGGCCUUAGAGUAAGUAUUUAAGAAGGCGCCCAAAACCUCAGUAUCACUCAAUUCCAAGUAUCGUGAAAGAGCUUUUCGGCGAUGACCUUUUGAUCCUAUCCUUCUGCUUUGGUUUGGUUUCAUUAUCGAUGGAACUUCGUCCCAGGAAGAGGCAACAAUUCUCUGGUUUUACAGAAGCUGAGAUUGAGAAAAUGGAGAACGAACUUAAGCAAUCAGGAGAACAAGUUUUUGACAAAGAAUUCUGCAAGAAAUUGGCAGAGGUUUUCAGCCGCUCUAAAGGUCGUGCAGGAAAACUGAUCGUGAAAUGGACUGAGGUCCAAACUUGGUUCCAGAACAGGCAGAAAAGCUGUCUCUCAAAGGAUAACUCAGCAGAGGCCAACAGGAAACUGCCUGAUGUGACAGAAGAAUGUGCUUUGCCUGAAGGUAAAAAGGUUCCAGAUCUGUCAGACUUACAAUUUGAGGCUAGGUCUUCAGUAGACGGGGCGUGGUAUGACGUUGAUACAUUUACCUCACACCGGUAUCUUAGCUCAGGAGAACCUGAAGUUCUUGUGAGAUAUGUGGGAUUUGGACCAGAGGAGGACGAGUGGAUAAAUGUAAGGAAGUCAGUCCGCGAACGAUCUGUACCUCUUGAAAACUCAGAAUGUGUCAAAGUCAGGGUUGGGGAUUCUGUUUUGUGCUUCCAGGAGGGGAAGGACAACGCUAGAUAUGUUGAAGCUCGUAUUCUAGAAAUUCAAAAGAAAUUUCAUGACAUAAGGGGCUGCAGAUGUCUCUUUUUGAUUCUAUAUGAUCAUGAUAACACACAGGAAAUUGUUCAUUUGAGGAGAUUAUGUUUCCGGCCAAGCAUAUUAGGGCGUCUGUCACAGAUUUAGAUUUGAGUAUGUUUGUUGCAGCCCACAUGUUUUGCCUUUUGACGUUGCACAGAUUUUACCUUCAUUUGGCCAGUAGAUUUAGAUGCAACUUAUUUUGCUUCUUGUGGCCAUAUUUAAUCUUAGAUCAAUAUGCUAAAUGCAUGAUUUAGCUGAAAAUCAUAUGCCUAUUCUAUCGUAUAUCUGUGUUCUGGAGGUUGAACAGUUGUGUGUCAAACCGUUUCGUACAACUCUUUCAGGUGCAAUUUCUGCUGAGUGCUGUUGCAAAUUUUGGAAGAAAUGAUACAUAGAAGUGCAUUCUUUCAAGUGUAUAUCGAGUAUUUAAGCAGUUAUAUCACAUGCCUAUUGCACUUCUUUUUUUGUUCCUAUUACUAGGAACUACAUUCUUGUUCAAUUUUAUUACUAUUGUUGUUCUUUUGCUUCAGUUAUCUUGCUGUUUUUGCUGUCAAUAAUUCUCUUUCCUUAGCAUUUUCAUUAAAGCUUUUUUCACUUUGUAUAUUUCAAACCUGUGUUGAAAUGUUGUUUUUGAGCGGAGAGUCUAUUGGAAAUAGUUUUUCAGCCUCAUGGGUAGGGGUUACAUUUGUGUACAUUCUACUCCUCUAGACCUCACUCGUGGAAUUCUAUUGGGUAUAUUGUUGUUGUAUUAUUAUUACUAGGAACUACUUAUACUAGAACCAAUACGGAUUGUAAUAAUUUUAUUUCUAAUACUGAUCAGCAUUCUCUA